AUGGCUCACGAUCUGGCUGAAAAGAUGUCAAAAUUUGCACUGUCGGAAAAGGAAAAAACUGGUGUUACUCUCGCAGAUUCCGAUAUUGGUUCAAGCCUCCAGGGAUGUGAACUAAGUUUGAUUGGGAAGAUUAUUGUAGAGGAGGAUAAAACCAGAGUUCUGUAUGGCAAAACAUGGUCCUUCGAUGGGCAAUACUUACUCCUAAAGGAAUGGAAGAAAAAUGCGAUUGAUUUCAAAGAUGAGGACCUGAAAGUUGAAUUAUGGGUGCAAAUCCACAAACUACCACUCCAUUGGAUAUCAGUGGAAACAGGGAUGAAAAUUGGGCGAAUUUUCGACAAAGUGUUGGAUGUAAUAGUGCCAGGACCAGUCAGUUACAUUGGAAAUGUAGUAAAGAUCCUUGUGGCGUUAAAUGUCAUGGAGCCGAUACCCAGAGGAACAAUUAUAAAAUUGGGGGAUGAAGAACAUUGGGUGGAGUUCAGGUACGAAAACCUACUUACUUUCUGUUUUUACUGUGGCCGUAUAGGACAUAAUGAUAGAAUAUGUGUGGUCAAGAAAGUCGAUGUGCAAAAAAAUAUGCUGAAAUCGGGACAAUAUGGGGAAUGGUUAAGAGGAUCUCCAGGUAUGUUCUCUGAAUUUAGAGAAAGGAGAUCUUCUAGUCCCUCUAGCCCUUCAGGUGAGAGGGUGAGGACUGAGUCUAGUAAGAAUAGGAAUAAUGGAGAUGGGGAUGAUCAAAUAAAUGUUAUGCCUAUUGUUCCUAUUCCUUAUCCUACUUAUAGUCCUGAGGACAUAGGAGUAGGAGUAGAAAAUGGAACAGGACAAAGGAAUCAAAGUCCUGAGCUGGUUAGUAAUUCUAAUGUGCCAAGUCCAGAUAUUGACAAAGGGGUGGUAAGCAAGGAAGUAGGUUCUAUUUUAAUAGAACCUAUGGAGCUGGAUGAAAGUAAGAUCAAAGGUUUAGAUCUUAGUAACCUUGUAAAUGUUCCAGUGGGACAGAUUGACCAAAAGGGUACUAAGAACAAAAACCAAAGAUCUGCUGGGAAGCCAAAUUCCUCUGAAGAGGAAAGCUCUACCUGGGACUGUGGGAGAUGUUGUUAUUAA